AUGAAGAUGCACUUCAGCAUCCCUCUCUCCGAAGAGCUGCUGGAGAAGUUUGGCGGCCGCUAUGUGGUGAAGUAGCCAGGAGGAAGCGGGAGGGAGGGAUGGAGGGCGACCGUAGUAGCCGCGCUGGCGGUGAGGAAGGCGGGUUAGAGAGAGGCGCGCGCCUGUGCGUGUGUGUGGAAGUAGCGAGGCGUCUGCACCAGACGCUGCAAGCGCCACUUUGCCCGCAAGUUGGCAGGAGCCGCGCCUUUUUUUUGCCCAGCGCUGAAGAGACGCAACCCCAGGAGGGCGAGAGGCGCGCACCUGACGCGGGUUAAGAGCCGCCUUGCAUCAUUCGCCUUUCCCUCCAGGGCUGCUUGUUGUGGGGCGCGGUGGGGAGGGUCUGAGCAGGGGAGAUGGAAGUGGGGGGGGGUUCCCACAGGGAAGGAGAGCGUGGAUUUGGCUUCCCGUUGCAGGCAAUUGGUUGAGGGAUCCGUCCGCGUCGUGUGGCGCUGAGCUUGGGGGAUGCUUUAUGCGCAGCUGAGGUGGGGGAAAUGGGGCGUGUGUGUAUGCGAGGGGAGGAGGAGGAGGAGGGUUGCGUGGCAUGUGGGGUGGGGGUGGGUGGGAAGCACAGCCUCUGUGUGAAAGGAAUGGGGAGGUUGGGAGUGGGGAGUGCUUGCCAGAGGCAAAUAACUUGAAUAGUGUCUGUAGGGAAGGAGGGUGGGCUUUGCGGGAGUCAAGAUUUGGAGGGGUCUGUGCCUGGAUGGCACAGAUUUGUACUGAUGCGCCAGGAACGAGGAGCAUUUGAGAGAGUAGAAUGUGGUUGGCACGUGGUUUCACGGGGUUGGGGGAAGAGUGUGUGUAAGAAGGAGGAGCGGGGGGGCUCAGACUAUACAAUGGCCAAAAGAAGGGAAAUCUGCUGCUGCUGUGCCCUGCUUCUCAAGUAAACUGCAAAGAUUCUCGCCCUAUAUUUGAAGAAAUUACGGUUGCCCUUGUUCAUUCGUAUUAAGCACCCCAUUGCAAUACCCGAAAUGAUCAAAUGAUCUGGAGCGACAGUCUUUUCAAAUAAGAAAUAUCUGGCAAGCCUAGGGUAGGCAGAGAGCUGCACUCUCAAAGUGCAUUAUUUCCCCCAAAAGAAUCCUGGGAGCUGUAGUUGGUUGAUGUUGCUGGUCUGUUAAGGGGUUCUUUGGGGGACGCAGGUCUGUUAAGGGGUUCUUUGGGGGACGCAAUGUACUUUAAAUGUACUUGGGGAAGGCAUGGGAAUGAAUAGCAGUGUGAUGGGAAUUGUGAGUUGAUUGUAGGGUGAGGAGGCAGGAUGAGUGUGCCAUCAUAUAGGAGGAUGCCUUGGUUUGGGGAAUUUGCAGGAUCUGCGUGAGAAGAAUUGUGGGGCUCUAUGCAAGAAAGUUUGAAAUGCAGAUAAUAGGAAGUGAUAAAUUCCCCUAACUCUCCCAAGAGGAUUUAUUUAGAGAAUCUGUGUAUUUUCAGCUGUACUCUGUGUAUCUUGAAGGCUUCCUUUUCUGCAAGGUGCGUUACAGUCAGUUGCACCACUGGAAUGAACAGGUAAGAUGUUCCGGUUCAUUGGUCACCUUCCCCUUUCACUUAUCGCUGCUCCUUUUUCAUGUUCUGCCAGAAAACAUUUUGGAGGAUAUGUUUUACAUGGAAGUGUGGUACAUUCUACAGCGGGGGAAGGUCAGACUCCAGCCCUUGUUGAAUCUACUUUGUAUUUUACUAGAGUCCUGAGAUCUGUCAGCUGGAGCAAGGUACAAAAGAUUUGCACUUAGAACGAAAGAAUAUGGUGCCUCUCAGCUACUGCUGAGUACAGGGGUUUUUUCUGAGUUCCAGAACUGAGAUUCACUCAGUUUUCCCAUGUAAAAAUCAAUCCCUGGUUAUUCCAAGUUUUGUUCAUUCCUGCAGACUUAAUUUUUUUUAAGUGUUCAUUUUGUUAUUGCUAUAGCUACGCAAUUGGGAGUCAGAAAUCAUUGAGGUCUACCACAAAUCACCCAGAGAUCUUCCAGUAGAUCAUGAUAUGCCUUCCGCCCAUCCCUGUUCUCUGACAUUCAUUGAUUUGUGAGUGGAGAGUGUCACCUAAAUUUAGGAACAUACGGGUCUAAUGUUUAGGUUCGAUAGGCAGCUAUGUAAAUGUUCCCUUUAUUCAGAGCACUUGAUAUCCAUUUGAAUUUUUACACACAUGAAUGAGUUAUCACUUUUAGGGUUUAGAUAAGUGAGGUAUAUGCAAGAAUAAACUACCUUACUGUAGUUUAUGUGAGAGGGUAUGGAUAUGUAAUGGGCAUUGUCCUUUGUGUGUUUUUCUUUUUAAUAACUUCUUUUCACACAAACAGCUACAGAGAUAUGUUCCAAAAUAUAGCUCUGUUUAGUUGCUUUAUUACUCUCUGUCAUUGUUUCAAAGGGUCUUGCUAAUCAUUUCUGCCAUUGUUAAUUUUAAUUAUUUUGGGUCAUUGGGUUGAAUCCAAAGUAGCGCUAAAAGAGAUCCUCCUUCUGUGCCCUCCAACCUGUUCUAGGGGUUCCCCAAAGCCCCUGGAGCAGAUCUGGAAAGGGUGUGGGGUGCAUGUGGGAAUGGGAGAGGAGGAGAAAUGCCUAUUGCACAAGUGUAAAUCCUUGCACUGACGGAAUGCAUUAGUUGAAUACUGCCCAUUGCCUUUAUUGCAAUAUUACAAUCAAGAUGACUUGUCUGGGCUAUAUCCCCAAAGGUGGCAUAUAAAUAAUAUUCAUAUCUGAGGCUGGAACAAUAUGGACAUAUUUGUUAAUUUAUAGCUAAAGCAAAACAUAUACAGUCAUACCUUUGUAAGUUGAACAUUUUGGCUCCUGAACGCCGCAAACCCAGAAGUUUUGGUUUGCGAACGUUCUUUGGAACCCGAAAGUCUGACUUGGGUUCUGCGGCUUCCGAUUGGCUGCAGGAGCUUCCUGCGCCUUGAUUUCCGAACGUUUUGGAAGUCGAACGAACUUCCGGAAUGGAUUCCGUUUGACUUCCAAGGUAUGACUAUAAUUUAAGAUAAUAGGCAGCAUCCUACUUCAACUGACUAAAUAUUGGCAGAGCUUAGGGACAUGGUGGUUUUGAAUAGAAUGUAAGGAUGGAGAGGAAAGUUCCACUUAGAUUAGAUCCAUAGAAAUUAAUGGACCUAAUCAUAGCCAUUAACUUCAUUGGGUAUACUCUUGAGUAGAACUUACAUUGGAUGCGUCACAAUAUGUCCAGGGUUUGGACCAGAGUGACUUCAGUGACAUAACAUGGACUGAACUGUGGUGGAUGUCUCAGGCUUAAUGUCAGGAUGGCGGGUAUAUGUUUUAGGGAAAGUCAAAGGAAAAAGGCAAGGGGGAAAGGCAUGUAGAGUUGAAGUAAAGUUUCUUUUUUCUCUCGUUCCUCCUUGCUGAUUUUUUGCUUACUCAGAUUCCCCAUUAAAGGCUUAAAGUUUCUUCUUUUAAUCCCAACUGGCAUUAGUGAAUAUCCAAAAAGCUAUGAAAGGAGAACUGAGUAACAUUGAGAAGAACAGGUUUCUCUCAUUUUUCAGGUGCCUUUAACAGGUGGGAACACCGUGUAACAAGCAAUAUGAAAUAAACUAUGUCAAAUAACUUCCUUGGGCAUGAGAGACAAUGGCCUCUCAGUGUUUAUCUGUCAGAAAAAUCAGAUUGUGUUAGCCACCAGAACCCAGCUUCAAUGUUCUUGUCAGAAAGAUGCUAUCACUGAUACAGAUUCCUAGCGUACCCUCUUCAGAAAGAUCCAGGUAACCAUAUUGCAUCAUGUCCAUGAACAUUAUUACAACAGCCUUCUUCCAUUUGAACCAUGUGAGGCAUCAGCAUUCUGCUGCUGUUAUACUCUGCCUCUAGUAAAAGCUUCCAGAGUGGCUCUCUAUACACUAGUUGCAAAAAAAAACCAAAAAAAAAACCAGGAAAAAGGAGUUAGAUAAAAUCACUAUAAAUUGUUGUGAUUUGGAGGUUUAAUUUGAAAUCAAGCUGGAUUUGCAUUCCUUGGUGUUUCUGGCAACCUCUCUUGCAUCAUGGAUGUUGGGUCAUAUUAUGAUCUGUAUUGUUUUAAUUGGUACGGUUGCUAAGGGGUUGUUAUGGCCUUUGGCUAGAACAGUAAACUGAUAUUGAUUGAUUGAAAUGGAGAGCCGUAACAGUGAAUUACUAGUAAGUGUAUGGUAAUGUGGAACACCAGGCAUAAGUUACAAUUUUACUAAAAUUAGUAGUCCCUGACAAGUUUUACACACAGCAGCUCAUUAUUAAGCCACCCUGUAAGAGUUGGAUGUAUUCUGAACUGAAAGGAAGAAAGAAAACAUGAAAUGCAUCUGAUUAUCCUGGAGAUUUCCAUUAAAAGGGUUCAGUAAAAAUCGUACAUAUAUCAUGAUAAAAAGAGGAACGCGUAAGAAGAUGAGUUGUUGAUUCUACCUCUCCAGAUUCACAGGAACAUUUAGGUUGACAAUAGGGGACGUACAGCCCCUUGUAUUUCAAGAAUAUAAGAAUUGCUUUGCUCUUCCAGUCCAGCUAGUCUGUCCUUCUUGUCUCUAACAAGUAAAGUGCUCUAUCCAGUUGCCCUGUCUUUUCAGUUAAGGCGGGUCUUUGGGAAAGGUGUGCCUGCGUUCCCUCCAAAAUUCUACCUCGCAAUGACGAAGUCAAUGGCUGAUGAAAGGAGAGCUCAACUUGAACAAUAUCUACAGAAUGGUACAGCAAAUCCUUAAUACACACACGCACACGUGUCAAUAGUGGUUCAUGACACAUGGUGCAAAUGUAAAUUUUAUGCAUGAUUUCAUUGGAUCAGAAACUGUUAGAUGGUAUCUCAUCUGUUCUCAUGGGCUGAGCAUGUUUAUUUAGCCCCAAACUAUUUAUUACAGAUGCUGCUCUAUCUUGUUCUAUAAAACCUCCACUAAAUAAAGGCUGCACAGUAUUGUUAUUUCCUCAUAUUAGCCAAUGGCCUUCAGGCCAACUUUCCAAAAGCACCACCACUACAAUUCAAAUUGUUAUAUAUAUAUAUAUAUAUAUAUAUAUAUGUGUAUGUAUAAAAUGAGUUGCAUCUGAUGCAGUGCACAAGAAAGAAGAUCCCCCUGUUUUUUCCUCACCCAUUAUAGUCAUCAGUUAAGUAAGGAUUCAGGAAAACAGAUUUAAUUUAUGUAUUGGGUUUUCUCCAAGGAGCUCAAGGUGGCAUAAAUGAAAGGGUGAGGAGAAAAUGUGGUCAUCUAAAGCAUCACUGUGUAUAUUGAUUUAUAAGACUUCUCAUCAGGAGCUUAUGAAAUGUGAUGAUCAUUAUUCCUGAAAGCCACUCUACACAAUGCUUUCUGGAUCCUCCAAUGUGCUAUUAAAAAAAAUCCACAUUCAAUUAUACAAACUUAAUAAUUAUUUUCUACCAUGUUUGUCUUGAAUAGGCAUGUACUUUCUUCUAUAUUGUUAGUUUCCCUUUCAGUCAUAAAAUGACUGAAAGCUUACAUAUAUAGAUAAUCCUUUAAGCUGUCAGUCCUGAUUUUUGUCCUUUUGUUUUUCAGUGUCGAUUGAUCCUAGUAUUACGAACAGCGAUGUCUUUAUUAGUUUCUUUAGGAAACUGCAGCAGGUAAGCUCUAGUCUUUCACAGAAAACCUACUGGAAAAAGUGCUUGCCUUGUGCUCCCUGCACCUUAUUCUGUCUUAAAACGGACUGAAAAAUAAGCUUGUUUUUAGAAAGUAACAAAUGGGCCCUGGGACAAAAUACCAUAGUGUGAGCUUCUCUUUGAUAUGCCAUGACCAUAUCCUGGGGACUCCGUUCCCUUCGUCCUUCCCUCUGAGUUUUCCUUCCUCUCCUUCCCCCUUCCAACAAUUGGCACCAUUCCAUGCCCAAUGAGCAUGCUCAGUUCUCCUUGCAAUGUUUUGGUUCCACCCCCUUCCCCUUAGGGCCCACCCCCCACUCCCCCCCCUUUUUUGGGGGGUACUUCUGCAAACCUUAAGGGUUCCCUCAAGGCUGCUCCCGCCUCCUCCUCAUGCUUGGAUGGCAGUGUUUUGGCCUGCACUUGGAGUUUGAUAUUAGUGUGCAGGAUAAAUAGAUCCUUACUGCUUAACUUUGCCUACUUUGCUGCAUUAGCUACCAAGUUGGCAAUAGUUGCAAUUUGAUAUAAGCUGAUCUGUUUAAAAGCUAAUGCUAUUCUCAUGCCCCUAAUGUUUUUGGUUGUUUUUUUUAAAGUGUGCCAAAAGGGUUUGCUUAUGUUAUUUAUUUAUUUAUUUACCGUAUUUUUCUCUCUAUAAGACGCACUUCCCCCUCCUAAAAAGUAAGGGGAAAUGUGUGUGCGUCUUAUGGAGCGAAUGCAGGCUAUCCCAAAAGCCAGAACAGCGAGAGGGAGCUCUGCGCAGCGCUCCCUCUAGCUGUUCCAGCUUCUGGCUUAGCUGCGUGAAGCCCCUGCAGGGCAGUGGGGAGUCUUCAUCCUGCUGCCCUGCGGAGGCUUCGCACACCUAUGCCUGGCUUUUGCGGGAGGUGGGGGAAGGGACAGAGCGCGUGGCUCUAUCCCUUCCCCCACCUCCCAGAAAAGCCCCCAAGAGCACGUGGCUCUUGCGGGAGGUCGGGGGAAAGCCAGGAGGCUUGCUUUCACUGAAGCCAGGAGAGCAAGUGGGAUCGGUGCGCACCGAUCCCGCGUUCUCUCCUGGCUUCAGGGAUAGCCCUGCAAAGCCUCCUGAGCGAAGAGGGAGGAGCGCUCCCUCUUUGCUCAGGAGGCUUCUUAUUUCUUGUUUUCCUCCCCUAAAAACUAGGUGCGUCUUAUGGUCGGGUGCAUCUUAUAGAGCGAAAAAUACGGCAUUUAUUUAUUUACGGUCAGUAAAUAACGAAUCCCAGAAAACUCUCUGAGCACUUUUUUAAAAAAGAAUCAUGCUCCUUGGGACUUAGCUUCAAGAAAAUAGCUUUGGGUUAUGUCGGGACAAGAAACGAUAAGUGUGUUGAGUGAAAAUGUCAACAUCUCUUUAUCUUGUAAUGGUGGUGACAGCUGCAGUCUGGCACGUACUUCCAGAGUGUUGCAACUUGAACUUCUAGCCUCUCUGCCUAUAUUCUCCUUAGUAGAAACAGUGUAAAUAUGGUGUAUGAUCAUGGAGGUGCAGUGUCCUAAGGCCUUGCAAGGUUGGAAUGAUGAUAGCAGAGUUUAGUUUCAGUAAUUUUAUCAAUGUGGGACGCGGGUGGCGCUGUGGGUUAAACCACAGAGCCUAGGACCCUAGGUCGGCAGUUCGAAUCCCCGCGACGGGGUGAGCUCCCGUUGCUCAGUCCCUGCUCCUGCCAACCUAGCAGUUCGAAAGCACGUCAAAGUGCAAGUAGAUAAAUAGGUACCGCUCCGACGGGAAGGUAAACGGUGUUUCUGUGCGCUGCUCUGGUUCUCCAGAAACGGCUUAGUCCUGCUGGCCACAUGACCUGGAAGCUGUACGCCGGCUCCCUCGGCCAAUAAAGCCAGAUGAGUGCCACAAUCCCAGAGUCGGUCAUGACUGGACCUAAUGGUCAGGGGUCCCUUUAUCUUUACCUUUAAUUUUAUUAAUAUUUUCUGGCCUUCAGUUAAAAUCAUACCAUUUAAGUAACACAGACAGCAAGGACAUUUAAAUGAUGUGACAAGAGUUCGUUUUAUUAGUAUGGCAUAAGCUUUCGUGGACUAGAGCCCACUUCAAUCGGAUGCAUGAUGUGUUAUAUUCAGGGCAGCUCCAGAUCACCUACUUAUUAAGUAUUCAUCUUGGUUUGCUUGUACAAAACUUAAAAUUAUGUCCACUCUUCAUUCAGCAUUCAUUCCAAUUUGCUUGCAAGCUGUCCUUAUGUCUUCUCGUUAAUAAUUUUUUCAUUCCGUACAUUCAAUGCAUUUCCCCAUCACUUUCCAAACUGCAAAAAGCCAGGUGGUGGUUGUUUUUAAAAAUGCAUUUGUUGCAUAACAGAGAACUGCAGCCCUCCAGAUGUCAUUGGGAAUACAAUACCAACUAUAUCCCUAACCGUAGGCCAGGUUGGCUAGGGCUGAUGGGAUUUGGAGUCAAAUAACAUCUGGAGAUCUAUAGUUCCUCAUUCCUGCUCUAAGGGGGCAGUCAUUUAAUCUCCUUUAAGUGCACAAACCCAAAGUUUUGGUACGCACUUGAAUUGAUGACAUAAGUGAUAGCCUAAGUCCCCUAAGAUUUAAUUAAAUGUCGUAGGAGAUGAAAACAGUGUCCUUACCUCGUUCAUGUCCAAACAAACAGAAUCAAAUUUCAUUAUUGGUUUCAGCUUAGCAGUUUUGUACUGGAGCCCGCCCCCCCCCAACGCACUUUAAUAUUCUGUAGGAGAGAGCACAUUUCAGGCCUGCCACAGUGUGCCCAUGUUGUAUAUGGUUUCCAAAUAAAGUAACUCUCAGGUUUUUACUACUUUCAUUUCUCUGUGUACUUCAUGAACAUCACAAAUAACGUCAGAUUGUACUUUACUCAAGCUGUUCGCAUGCCCAACCUAGAGCUUUUGUCCAGGAAUGUGAUCCGUACAUGAGAAGAGCCAUGCAAUAGAAUGCCUAGUUAGCAUUCCUUCCACCACGUGUCUGUGGGUUAGCUGGUGCUGCAUUAUGAUGCCAAACACAUAGCCUAAAUCUCAAUAUGUCAUUUUUUUCAAUAGGAGAGAUGAUUUAUGGGAAGGAUCAUAAAUUAUGUGUAAACAGCAAGUGUCCAUUGUAUUUCACUAUGUACUUGUAAGUGCAUUUAUAAAACAGCAAUUGAAGGCUAAGUAAACAUUGUCCAAGCAUGAAAGAUUCUAAGCAAAUAGCUUUUAAUAGAGAUGUUCUGAUACUCGGUGCUGUUUUCUUGCAAAACAUUUUAUAGAGGAUCUAGGGCCUUUCUGCAAUGGCCUGUAAACAAGAGGAGCUGUAAAACGGCUGAGCAAACCUUUUCCUCCCCUCUGUAGAAUUUCUACUGGUACAGCAUGACCUGAGAACAUCCUCUAAUUUAUUUGUUUUAAGUUGCUGCAUAAAUGUAGUGGCGAUAUUUAGCACAUGAUUUCCCUCCUAGGAUUUUUCAGUAUUAACACUUAUAUGAAAAAUCCUUGCAGGUGAGACUGUACAGUAGAAGUGACUAUUUGGUGUGAAUUUGAUGGUGUAGUGGAAGGGCGAAACAGGAAUAUACUGUGAUAUUCUAAGCACAGUGAAGAGGUUUGCUGGUGAAAUGGGCUGUGAGCAUGGCAACACGGAUUCAAGCGUUCCUCAUUUCACGUGCCCACUCUGUAUGGGUUGAGGACAUCUUUGGCAGUGAAACAGGGCUCUAGCCCAACGUCCUGCAACAUAGGACUCUUUUGCCCAGUGUGGGGCUCAGACCCACAACCCAGAGAUUAAGAGUCUCAUGUUCUAUAAACACAUGCAUUGGAUUGAAUUCAUGGCAUUUUGCAUGCAAAUCAUGUGCUCUACCACUAAGCUACAGCACAUUCCCCAUGAGCAGAGCAAACUCAGGGAGAUAAGCAGUGGAUGGUGGAAGACUCAGACCCCAUUUUUGUUAGAAAUUGGACACCAUUGUCACAGUUCUGAGUUUAAGCAUCAACUGAAUCUGCUGUCAUCAUUUCUGGUUUAACCCCAAGUGCACUUUGCGACAGGUUAAUUCAAGUUCUGCCCAUAAUGGGGAGAAGGGGAAAAUGAAUAAUCCAGCAGUAACUGGCUUGGAGAUUAACACUCUUAACAUUGCAAAAAAGUAAGGUUCUUUUUUAGCAGUGUGCUAAAUGCUUGUUUAAUGGAUGCGUGAGGGUCGUGAUGAUGCCACCUUGUUGGCUAGACCUGAAUAGGACUAGCAUUAGAUACAACCCUUUGGUACAGACUAAGGCUGUAAUCCAAAGUACAUCUUGUAGAAAGUAAACUACUUUGAAAGCAAUGAGAUAGAUGAAGGAGAAGCCGCCACCUUUCACUCCUUAAUGCUCAUAAUUAGUUCUAAAAAUAGUUGUUGCUUCUUCUCAUCAUGAAGAGAGAUAAGAAGUUUGUGUGUGUGUUUGUAACUAAAUGCCUAGGGUCCACAACUAUAUUUUAUUGCAGCACUGUCGCUUGAUUUAAGGUAUAACUUUAAUCAAUUAGUUAUAAUUAAUCAAAUCUGCAUAAACUUGUAUAUGAGCAGCUGCAAUUCAGAAGAAAAUAGUGUUUUUCAGAUGCUUGCAUUGCUGUGUCACAGUGGACCAUAACACAAGAGGUAUUCCUUCUGUUCUCAGAAGGACUUGGAUCUAUAAGCAUUUAGAUUAAAAAUAAACAGUUUAAUCGGUGCACUUCUUUAAUUGAUCAAAAAAAUCAAUUUUACAUAAUCAAUCAACUAAGUGCUGCAGACUUCAACAUCUGCUUUUUUAAUCUUACCAAAGCCAGCUGCCCAUUUUUACUAUUUUGGGGAUCAAAAACAGGGAUAGAAAACAUGUUGCCCUUCAGAUAUUUUGGACUACAACUCCCUUCAGCCCUGACCACUGACCAUCCAUUUCUGACCUAGUUUGCUUAACGAUCCACCGUAUUUUUUUCCUGCAGUGAAGAAGCUGAAAUCUUUGCUUUCAGAUGCAAGGACCACAUAUAUAGGCACUCCAAUCCCAUGUUUUCAUGUCUUGCAGGAUACAUUUAAAAUUCAAACCCAACAAUCUUUUCUGGAUGUUUAUCUUGCUGAUGGACGGUAUCUCAGAAUUGAUAUUCAGACAUCGGAUACCGCUGAAAGAGUGCUAGAGGCAAGUAAUUUUUAAAUGUUCUUUACAGUAUCUCAUAUGGACCAAUUCACAAGCAUGUUAAGCAAUAUGUUGCUGUUGUGUCUGUCCAGAUAUCUCAAGCAAAGUACUAGCUUAAAAAGACACAUUUCUUGGUGGCCAAGCCCAAACGAAAUGGAGCAAUUUGGACUGAACCAGUGAUUUCUGGCAGAAAGAACCAGUACAAACAACACCCAUAGAUAGAAUCAGUUUGGCAGAUAUGUAAGAGCCUUUUAAAACUCAUUUUUCAUGAUGAACGGUUAUGAAGAAUGUGAAAACUUGCAAUAUUUCUAUUUCAUCUCUCUAAACCUCUGUGGGGAAACAGAAACAGAUUUAUUUGUUGCAUUUUUCUAAUCCACCCUGAUACAAAAGCCAUUUCAAAAUAUUGUCUUAAACAACGUGACUCAUUCGUAAUCUUGAUGGGAAAGUACCUCUCUUUUCUCCCCACCCCCCUUCCAGGUUGUAUCGUACAAGAUUGAGCUUUCAAGAGAAUUAAUAGGCUAUUUCAGCUUGUUUCUUAUUCAAGAUCACAACAAUGGGGAGCUGUCUGGUAAGAGGUGCAUUGUUUGGUAUACUAGACAUUGCAUUCACAUUCCUUUCUGUUUGUGCAAUGUGGGAAAGCUUUAUGGGUGACGGCUGUGUAGAAGCAACGUUUUCGCUGAACUCUGGUUUUUCCUCUUUGUUUUUGGUUGACUUUAAAACCUAAAGCAAAGCCUAUAUGUUGCAUGGAGAGAAACCUUUUAUCAUAUCAUAAAAAUGCAAGAACUUUUGGUUUGCUUUUGCUGGAAAAAUAUCCCUUUUAUUUCUCUCCUUUUUAAGUUGGAAGAGGUUGGGGUUACUUCACAAGUUACGUGUUUUGCAAGCACAUUAAAAUGCAUUGCAUGAAGGAGACAAAUGUGUGCUUUAAAAGAUGUAUAUUUAAAAAGUCAACUUUUUUCAAAAAUUACCUUCCUUCCCCCUCACCUCUAGUAUUGAAAAAACUGGCAGAAUUUGAACUUCCCUAUGUGAGUCUUCAGAGCAUGAAAGAAUCGCCUUGUAAGAUUGGGAUCAGAAAGUGGUAAGCAAGGAAGAUGAAGAAGCGGAUUUAGCAAGAUGCAUUAAAAUGUAUAUAUAUGCUGGAGGAAGGGCAGAAAUACAGUAUUUCAGUAGUAGCUCUCAUUGUAGAUAUUUCACUGGAUCAGUGGCUUUGUUUCGUUUAAAUUUUCCAUUUCCCUCUCCCUGUUGGACAGGUACAUGGACCCAUCCCUUGAUAAAAUGCUUAUGAAUUGCAGAACUUCAGUGAACUUACUUUAUAUACAGGUAAGGUUUUUUUCAUGUGCAGGUGAGUUCCUUCUAGAAAAGCACUACUCCUGAAAUACUAUUAUGAAAAGAAACUGACUUCUUGUGUUUAAAAGUAGGCAUUCAUGAACAAGCAGAGCUUCUUAAUUCCCAUCCAUCAACACUACCUGAUGUAUAAUAACAAAUAGGUGUUCCCAAAGAGUAGGCUGGCCCAACUAGAUGUAAGAGUGAUAGAUCUGGGUUUAAAACACAUCACAGGGGCUUGUUCAUAGCAAAAGAUUACUUACUUGUGGCUUCUUUCUCUCCCUCCCAGGCAUUAGGAUUUUACUGAAACCGACAUGAGCUUAGCUGGGAGGAAAUGUAGGAAUUUAAGAAACUUCCUUCUACCAAGUCCAUCUAGCUCAGCAUGGCCAACACUGACUGGCAGCUGCUCUAAGGUUUUCAGGCAGGAAUUCACCAUAGCCCUGCCUGGAGAACACUGUGGAUUGAACCCAUGACCUUUGGCAUGCAAAACAUGUGCUCUACCACUGAGCUACAGCCCAUUGCUCAUGAGGAGAGCAACCUCAGGGAGAUAAGCAGUGAGUGGUGGAAGACUUGAACCACUCAUCACCUGUGUGUACCCCGUUUGUUGUUUAAAAUCAUACAGUUGUCACAGAUCUGAGUUUAAGCAUCAGCUGAAUCUGCUGCCAUCAUCUAUGGCUUAAGCCCAAGUGAACUUUGCCACAGGUCACUUCAAGUUCUGCCCAUAAUGUGGGGAAGGGAGGAAAUGGGUAAUCUAGCAGUAACUGGUUUAGAGAUUAGCACUCUAAUACUUGCCCCCCCCCAAAAAAAGGUAAGGGUUUUUAGCACCAUCCUAAAUGCUUGCUUAAUAGUUGUGUGAGAGUCAUGAUAUGCCACCAUGUUGGGUUGAAAUUAAAUAAAUUGGUGCUUGGCUCCCUAUUAUUGCAAUGCAUGUUACAGCUGUUUUUUUUAAUAUCACAGUUCUAUCAUGAGAGCUAUUUGAGCUGCAGUAAUGCAGACAGUUGAACUAGCAACUGGGUAGCUGCUUGCAGCCUAGUAGUACCUGGUGGGCAUGGUGGGACUCUAGUGUUGCAGGCUGCUAUUGCCACAAUUUCUUUGCAAAGUCAUGUUGAUUGUGCUGCUUCAGAGAACUGUUCUCCACCAUUCCUGUUCCCCUUCUGCCAUGUCAGAGGGACCUGAUCCCACAUGGAUCAGCAGGACAGGCAAUUUGAGGAGCUCAUUGGUCUGGUGGUUUGGCUGCUAGACUCUUAAGUCAGGGAGAACAAUGCAUCGGGGACUUUAAUACAUACCUUGUUUCUCUUUUUAAGGUUCUGCAGGAAAUGGAGAAGAACUGGAUCAAGCCUACAGAUGGACAGAUGCAGAAGCUUCAAAUUCUACAGAAAGCACCUAACAAAAUGAAGGUAACACAGUGUUUUAACCUUUUCAGUGUGCAUGCUGUGAUGCAAAGACACCAGAGAGAGCAUCUGCUUAUAAAGGCUUGCUGUGUUCUUCAGAUCUGCCAAGGAUUUUUUAUUUUAUUUUGUAAGCAGAAGAAUCUUCUGUCCUCUCCUUGUGUCCCAUCCCACCCCAGUUUGCUCAACUGGACCCCAACAGAGCGGUUUGUCAGGGGUCUCAGGGAGAGAUGAGGAUGGGAAACUCUCUUUCUAUUAAUCUAAGCCCAGCUGCACAAAAAAUUAGUCCCCAUUUCACAAAAUUUGUCCAGGUGUGUUAGAUUCUGCUGACGUUGUUCGUGAAAAUUAGCUGAGGCCCAUCUAAAGUUUGGAUGAGCAUUAACUUCCCAUGCAUGCUACAAAUCAUGUGUUAGGAGGGAAGGAAGGAAGAUGAGCUCUCUUGCCUGCAUCAAAGCUAUUGCAAAGGUUACUCUCUGGCAAACCCAGACCGGCUUCUACCCAUCUGGCUUUUCCUUUAAGCUCUUCCUGCAGAGCCAGGAGAUGAAAUGUGAGAUUGGCUUAGAGAGGGGAAAGAGCAGACCUAGAGACCCAAACCCCUUCUCCCUUCCCUUCUGAUCUUUCAACCCCAGAAUACUCUAUAUUAGCACCUCCAGCUCUACCUCCAUAGACAGAAUGCCUGCUGCGGUAUUAAAUUAUUUCAUGGGUGAAAAUGCAGUUUGUUAUAAGCAUACAAAGAAAGGCAACAGAGAAAUAAUAAUUCAGUUUUGCAGAAUUUCCUGUAGCAUUUGUACAAUGACAAACUUCUAGACAUGCAAAGCAGGAGUAUAGCCUGCAGAUCACUUGGUACAAGAUUAGAACAACUCCUAUAGAGUGCUCCAGAUUUAAAUGGAUGAGGCCUCGAGACUUGCUGCAAUCAACACUGCUCAUGUGGAAUUUUUCUCGCACAAGUGGACUUCCCCUUCCUCUUCUUCUCCCUGUGCACCUCAAAAUGCGCUCUGGGGGAUCUUCCAACCCCCUGGAGCGGAUUUUGAGGGUGCACAGCUGGCUGCAGAAGUUCCAUAGUGCUAGCAGAACAACAGUGUUGAGUUCUGCCUUUCUUCUCAUGUUCCAGUUUCUUUAAGCUACUGCUGUGCCCGAAGACUUUGGAAAGGAAUUACUGAUAAAAGCUAAUAGUGUCGGGUAUUCCAUCUGCACUGCCAUACACAUUUUUCCCAGUGUGUUAAUCAUCCCCACCUGACAUUGACAUGUAUAUUCUCAAAUGAGCACUGGGAUAAUUCCUGCAUGGAUUUUAUAUGUGAGACGUGGCCCGCAGUAUGUUUGAGGGGGUGGGGGCUUAUCCAGAUAACAGCAGAGUCCUUGGCUUUCGGUCCCUUGCUGAAGUUGCUAGCCCUCAGUACCUUCCUGCAUCAUGUGGUACAGUAUAUAACCCACUGUUGUCCUCCAGUUUCUGUUUCUCUUGCACAGUUUUUAGAGCUGGCUCGGGAGGUCCAGCACUAUGGAUACAUUAAGCUCGCUCCUUGCUCCUGUGACUAUCCUGAAGCAGGCUGUACUGCUGCUAUUCAUGUGGGGAAUAAUGAGAUUAGCUGCUGCAUAAAGUUGCCUAGCAACCAGAUCAAAGAGGUCAGCUUCAAGAUCAACAGGGUGAGGUGCUGGCAGGUCACAUUUCUAGUAAGUACCUUGUGAGCAACUUCACGACUUAACCACAUUGUUUAAUGCUAACUUUCUUGUACUAGAUUUCCUUUAAAACUGAGUCUCAUGAGAAAAAAAAUUCCUAAAUGAGAGGGCCUGCCUUGUAAGCAAUAACACAAAUUCUUAGUUUAGAUUUCCUUUAUGCGCCUUUCUUGCUGCAUAUACACAUGUUAGGAAGAAGUUGUUCAUUGUUAACAUUCUGUGUUCCAAAUAUCAUCAACUGUAGACUAAGUUGAUACUUCUGCAGUCUUGCCUCACCUCAGAUUCCUCUAAACACUCUCCUCUGACCUAGGAGAAAGCGAUAGCUGCAUAUAGAAAACGAGGGAUGAAAGUUCUGCUGAGAGUGAACCCAUUGAAGUUAGUGGGCAUUUCUAACUUGCAUACAACAAUUUUAGUCAGUCUUCUCUUUAAAAAAACCAUUGGAGAUAUACUCUGAAUACUAGUGUAGUGUACUGACUAGGCAUCAGUAUAGACUGGAGGACCUCUUGACUAAUAUUACUGCAUCGUUUUUUUAAAACUACUUAGGGAUCUGUUACAGGCCAAGGCCUUGACCAGUUCCUGGAGCUCAGGUUUGAGUACAACGAUUCUGACACCUGGAGAUGGAUUGCCUUUAACACAAAGCAGGUUUGUAUUACAUAAUACAAAUGUAAUGUGCAUAAAGUACAUAAAAGGGGAAGCCUGAAGAGUGAAAAACCAUGUACUGUGUGUCUGCUGAAAUGGCAGCACCAAAGUUCAGAAGGGAUCAUUUUUUAGCAGUUAGAGACCUUCUUUGAAGGUGCAAUUCCCAAUGGAGGAAAUCCCUAGUCCAUCUGAUCCCAGAUUGCCCUGCUUGCAGUGGAAUAAUCUGGAGCCCACUUCAAGCUCCUGACCAUUUAUUUGUAGCCAUAUCCAUACCUCCCUCACACCUGGCUUCACAUAUGACAUCAGGUAUGGCAGGUGGGUGUGGUUUGUGGGUAAUAAUAGCCUUACAGGGCAAAUUGGUACUUGUAUAAGGCCUAAUUAGGUCUGUGGGCCAGAAGUUCCCCAAUCCCUGACCCUAACCCUUGCAGGCAACAGCUCAACAAGGCCUUCCCCGGACAUCUUCCUUCAUUUUGCUAAUGUCAGGGGUUGAAGUUGGGACACUAUAGAUGCAAAGGAUGUGCUUUUACAGCUAAGCUGUGUUCAUCCCCCUGCUUUCUUCCACCUAGUAUUAAAUAUAAAGGAAAAGAAGUUGCCUUAUAUCUGUUACUUAUGUAUGACAGUUCACAAGAGACAAUAUCCCCCAGGUGUUACUGUUAUAUGUUUAGGUUCACAUCAGGAAAGGCUUCUUCAGGUUUACUUUCAUAUGUAAGUCCUGAGUAAAUUGAAUGAUAUGGCUAGUGGACUGCAAUCGGAUAGAUUAAGCUGGGGGUAAAAAAACAUUCGAACCACAGAGCAAAGCUGAUGUACUCCGGAAAGCAGCAAUUCUGCAUAUAAAGUAUUUUGUUACUUAAAAUCAAAAUGUAAUAUUUAUCCCACGUCUAGGCAUUUCUCCUAAGCAGCUGCUUAAAAAAGAUAAUAUCGGAGCAGCUGAUGACAGCAACCAAAGGUGAUCAAGAAAUGGUGAGCAAAGUUUGACAAUUGCGUUUGCCUGACUGUUGAUGUGGGGUUCUUGGCUCCAUUGCUCCUGCACGGUGGAGGCCGGGUGAUUAGAGUAACUGGGACAUUGCCUCACCAAACUCAGCCAGCCCCUACCAGCCUUACUUACAGCCAAUCAUAAAGUUGCUCUGCCUGUUGUUGGCUUGGGUCUGCUGUUGGUCCCCCUGCCUUUUGUCUUGCCAGCCUCAGUGGGCAAUACUGGCUCCAGAGAUUCUCACUUGACCCACCCUAUGGCUGAAAUCAUAUACAGGCUUAAGAGCAAAUCCUACUGAGUUCAAUGGAACUAGAAAGUACUUCCAAGUAAACAUGCAUAUGGAAUCAAGAUGCAUACUUUCCAUUUUGUAAAUGGGAGGCCAAGGAACCUAGUGAGAGGGAAGUUUGCUCAACAUUUGAUCAUCAACCUAUAGAACGACACAUCCUCUUGGGUAAGGUUCAUAAAUCAUAUUCAGGGCAACUUUAGCAAUGAUUUCUUUUUCAGUAGGGGUGAGUAUUGUCUGGUAUCUGUAGAUUCUAGGCUCACCACAGAAAUUGGUUCAUUGCUUAAAGGAAAAGACCAAAAAACAAACCCAUUGCUUUCAUUCACUUCUCCACAUAUAAAUGCCACUGGUGCUUGAUAUCAAAGGAAAUCAUGUUCACAAGGUCAAAGAGAAAUGUGAUUAAAAUUGCUGAUACUAUAGUGCAUUUGCCAGUGUCUCCCCUGUGUGAAUACACUUGAGUUACAUGUUGCCUGCCUCUGUGUGUUUAUCUUUCUGCCUAGCAGUGAUCUUUACAUUUUAUCAAUCUGUUUUAGCGGAUUGAACUUCCUGAACCAGGUAAAGCUAAGAAACCAAGCAUCCAUCCAAGUCAGGUUUGUGAAUUAAAUGACAUAAACUUGGGUGGAGACCUGAGAGGGGCUGGGACGGGAAAGGAGAUGACUAGGGUCCCUAAUGCAAGUUGCUGUUCUCUCCUCCUAACCUUGCCACACACACACAAUCUGUAAUAAGGGGAUGGUGACGCUGACAUGCCUUUCCUGGUGGUUGUGAGGAUUACGGAGCUUAUUAUUGGAAGUGUGCUUCACGUCAUAGUGCUAUAUAAACAGUUAUUAUCACUGUGUCAUAGAGGCUGCCACUGCUUAUGUCUCUUCAAUACAAUUGCUGCAGUAUUAUAACUGCCUUCUGCAACCUGGUGCCCUCCAGAUGUUUUGGACUAUUACUCACAUCCGCCCCAGCCAGUAUAGGCUGCCAAAACAUCUGCAAGCAAUAGGUUGGAGAAAGCAGGAUCAAAAACCUUGAUAGUUGCUGGCUUUCACAAAUCUUUUCUUUCCUGUUACGUAUCAUUAGCAUAGCUGCUGGUGGUAUUCCCCAACACACAAUUAGGUGGUGGUCUACUGGUGUGUGUUUCAUGUAUUAUUGACUAGAGGUUUUUUUGAUCUCUUGGUUUAACAUAUCCUGUAUUUGAUUCUGUGCAGAUAUUUCAUUCUGGUUUUAAGCCAAGAAAAAAACCGAACGCUAGUAGACCAAAUGAGGAUGACUGUGUGUUUGAGAAAAUACGCGAAGAAGACUUGUGACCUGCACUUCAGCUGCUGCUGCCUCUGGGGUUUUUUUAAAUGAGGAAUAGCAAACUUAUCACAGCAGUUGUCCUCUGUUUAAUAGCAGUCUACAUUUUCUAACUCCUCAUGUAUUUUUGUUCUUGAGGUUUUUUUAAAAAAACAUCAGCUGCUCCUGGGAACCAGAAUUUGUUAUAACGGGGAAGACUGUAAAUAUUUUGCACAUAUAUUUCAUUUUAUUAUUAAAAAUGUACAGGACCUACCUUUAAAAAAAUGGGAAACAUUGCAUAUCUUGGAUCAAAGUAACACCUUUUAAAGUCUUUGACAUUAAGCUGUUAAUCUUUGGCCUCUGGAAUGUUUACCAUUGUUCUGUUCCACGGGAUACAAACUGUCUCCCUACAGGUCUUCAGCUUAAUGAUAAAUUACACAAUACCGCUGAAUUUGUGGCAAGGUCUUCCUAUGUACAAAGUACAUCAUCUUACAAUGAUCCCUACUUCCCUCCAGUACCUGUUUAAAUGCAGACAUGUCUUUGAUUAUCUCCACCCGUUCCUGCAUCCCAACUGUGCACUGAGUACUGGAAUAAUUACCCUCAGGACUGUUAGGAAUGCUCCAGUUUUAAUUACUCCAACAUAAUACAAUUUUGGUCUCUUUUUGUUGUUGUUAACCUUCUAUGUUUUGUAUGAGUGUUUUUUUAAAAAAAUAUAUGCAAGGUGGGAGAUAACUUGUGGUAAACAACCUGUGAUUAUGUUAAAUAUAAGCACUGUGAAAUUAUUAUAAAUGUCGUUAUUUCUUCCCCCACCCCCCCCAAAGAAUACACUUCUUAAAAAGCUGAAAAUACUGUGGACACCAGGUGUCACUACUACAACUCCCAUAACCCCUGGUUAUUGGCACCAGAUUGGGGAAGGCUACAUUAGAUCAUCCUUUGUCCCUCCACUGCUUAAUAGUCGCCUGAGCUUGUCAACUAGUGGAGAUGCAAAGUUGGAAAAGUUGCCUUAUGGGCUAAUCUUAGAAUUGUGGAGUUGAAUAGGACCCAACGGCAUCUAGUCCACUCCCCUGCAACGGAGGCAUCUCAACACGUGGCCUGGGUGGCUCAGUUUGUUAGUGUGGUGCUAACGCCAAGGUUGCAGGUUUGAUCCCCGUAUGGGGCAGCUGCAUAUUCCUGCAUUUCUGGGGGCUGGACUGGAUGACUCUCAGAGUCCCUUCAAACUCUAAAAUUACAUGAUUCUAUCCAAUUUUUGAAAUCAUAUUGGCCCCUGCUGAGGCAACAUGGUCUUGUGUUAGACAACCAGUGUGGAUGCUAGGGGCAGGUGAAACAUCCUUUGGGAAGUGCUAGAAGAUGUACGGAGUCAGGCACUGGUCCAUCUACACUGGCAAACACCCCUUUUGCAAUCCUACCUGGAGAUCGAACCUGCAAUACAGUGGGCGCUCGGGUUGUGAACAUGAUCCAUGCAGGAUGCAUGUUUGCAACCCACAGUGGCGCGUCUGCACACACGUGGGUUGCGAUUUGGUGCUUCUGCGCAAUCGCAAAGUGCGAUUUAGCGCUUCUGCGCAUGCGUGACCGCCGAAACCCAGAAGUAACCUGUUCCGAUACUUCCAGGUUUUGGCGGUCCGUAACCCGAAAAAGAGGGAUGCAGGUGGCGCUGUGGGUUAAACCACAGAGCCUAGGACUUGCCGAUCAGAAGGUUGGUGGUUCGAAUCCCCAUGACGGGGUGAGCUCCUGUUGCUUGGUCCCUGCUCCGGCCAACCUAGCAAUUUGAAAGCACCUCAAAGUGCAAGUAGAUAAAUAGGUGCCACUCCGGCAGGAAGGUAAACGGUGUUUCCGUGCGCUGCUCUGGUUCGCCAGAAGCGGCUCAGUCAUGCUGGCCACAUGACCUGGAAGCUGUAUGCCAGCUCCCUCGGCCAGUAAAGCGAGAUGAGCGCCGCAACCCCCAAGUCGUCCACGACUGGACCUAAUGGUUAGGGGUACCUUUACCUUUAACCCGAAAAAACGCAACCUGAAGCGUCUGUAACCCAAGGUAUGGCUGUAUAUGCGAAGCAUGUUAUCUAUCACCGAGCUAAUCUUGUCUCUCGCUAGACACAGCGAAGGGCGGGGGGCGUGUUCUUCUGAUGCAUAACGUUUCUACAUCAGCCAGCCCGCGAGGGGCGCUGCUGGAUCGAUCUCGCUUUGCACGACGCUCUAUCAUCUCUGCUCCACGUCGUUUCGCUCCCUGAGUCAGGCAGCGCUGAAAACCCAAAGCGGCUAUAGUCUCAACUGCUUUUGCAUGCAUAGCAAUGGUCCGCAAUCGACGCUCCAAGAAUCCACGUAACCUGCAGAGCGAGAGUCAUUGGGAAUACAGUACACAGAAACCAGUGUGAUACCCAGAAUAAGGCAGGCUGGUUAAAAACGCUCGUUUCGUUGAUUUUUUAUUUUUAAUUAAGCAUGCCUGCUGUCUCUCUGGGUGUGUGUAUCUCACACAAACAGGGCAGGGGAAUUGGACAGAUACGACAACACUCCUUUUUUCAGGGUUAAUUUCAAACCAUUCCGCGUACAGCUAUAAAAGGUUCCAGUAAGAAACCCCAUGGCAGCUGGACAGACUUUAAUCCCCAAGAAACCAACUACCCUUCCCUUAAAACACUCCAUAAAUAAAAUAAACUCCAGAAGCCAUGCGGGGCUUAUUCUCAUCAAAUUGACAAAUUAACAUGGUGGAAGUGUGCAACCUAUUCUGCCUUGGUCAGACCCCAGCGGGAAUACUGUGUCCAGUUCUGGGCACCACAAUUUAAGAAGAAUAUUGACCAUAGCUGUCAACUUUUCCCUUUUUUAAAGGGAAAUCCUAUUAUUCCGAAUAUGAUUUCUCUUUAAAAAGGGGGAAAGUUGACAGCUAUGGUAUUGACAAGCCAGAACAUGUGCAGAGGAGAGCCAGCAAGAAGUCUUAUGAGUGCUUUGAAGAAGCUGGAAAGCAAGUCUUAUGAGUGCUUGAAGAAGCUGUGUAUGUUUAGCCUGGAAAAGAAGAGACGGAGAGGAGAUAGGGUAGCCAUCUCCCCAUAUCAGGCACCCCCAAACUCGUCCCUCCAGAUUUUUUUUCAGACUACAAUUCCCAUCAUCCCUGACCACUGGUCCUGUUAGCUAGGGAUGAUGGGAGUUGUAGUCCCAAAACAGGGCCGAGUUUGAGGGUGUGCCUGCCCUAUAUAGAAAGAACCGUCACAGGAAAAGCUUGUUUUCUCCUGUUCUGACAAUGGAAGGCGGUGGAGGUUUUUAAGCCGAGAUAGGCCACCCUGCGCGGAUGCUUUAGCUGAGAUUCCUGCCUUGCAAAGACUAGAUGACCCUCGAGGUCCUUUCCAACUCUGCAGUUCUGUUCCUCUUCUUCAAAGCAUUGCAUCAGAAAGGCUUUCCUUCCUUCCAGCGCCAGCAUUUGAUCCCAAAGCGCUUGCCUCCCCUCCCGAGAGGAGAGUUUCGUGAACUGCAACCGGGAACCGGAAGAGAGAGGCGAGGUCGGGCUCCCUUGCGCGAGGGCGUCUCUACCUCUUUGUCGCAAGCGGGGCCUGCUUUCUGGCGGUUGGGCGCAGGCGGCAGCAGCAGCAGCAGCUGACGACGCCCGUCGAGAGCGAGGUAGGGGCGAAGGAGCCGGGGCUGGGGCGAGGCAGCGCCGGCCUUCUCGGUGGCCGCAGCCGGGGGCGAAGGAAGGAAGCGGUGCUUUGUUGCCCGGCCCUUGAGCGUCGGUGGCCGUGAGGGGAAGGCGGGGAAGAAUUGCCACAGAAUUGCUGAGGGGCUCUUGCCUGGGGGGGGGGGCGGGGAGCAAACGGAGCCGCCUCUGCGGAAGGAGGUAUUGUGGGGAUGGGCUGUCUCGUGUCAUCGCUACAGGUGGCGGGUUCGGGGCGUGGCCCAACCCAGGCCCCGCCCCUUUUAGAGUUUGCAGCGACGCGCGGGAAUUAAACAGGUGAAGCUGUCUCCCCCCCCCCCCCCCGGGCCGGAUUUAGGUUUGAUGAGGCCCUGAGCUGCUGAAGGUAAUGGGGCCCUUUAUUAUGUCCAGCUGUCCUUUGUCAACAACAAAUCGUCGCUGUUUUUUGUGUUGAAUGUAUGCUAUAUGGUCAUUUAUGGACCUAAUAGGUUUUUUAAGUCAUUUGUACAUAAAAGGCUAGCAGGCGGGGCUCAUCAUCAUUUACAUCAAAGGAGCCUUUUGUUGUUGUUUAGUCGUGUCCGACUCUUUGUGACCCCAUGGACCAGAGCACGCCAGGCACUCCUGUCUUCCACUGCCUCCCGCAGUUUGGUCAAACUCAUGCUGGUAGCUUCGAGAACACUGUCCAACCAUCUUGUCCCCUGUCGUCCCCUUCUCCUUGUGCCCUCCAUCUUUCCCAACAUCAGGGUCUUUUCCAGGAAGUCUUCUCUUCUCAUGAGUUGGCCACAGUAUUGAAGCCUCAGCUUCAGGAUCUGUCCUUCCAGUGUGCACUCAGGGCUGAUUUCCUUAAGAAUGGAUAGGUUUGAUCAUCUUGCAGUCCAUGGGACUCUCGAGUCUCCUCCAGCACCAUAAUUCAAAAGCAUCAAUUCUUCGGUGAUCAGCCUUCUUUACGGUCCAGCUCUCACUUCCAUACAUCACUACUGGGAAAACUACACAACACAAAACACUGUUGCUGUAUGUAGGUCAUAGCUGUCAACUUUUCCCUUUUCUUGCAAGGAAUCCUAUUCAGAAUAAGGGAAUUUCCCUUUAAAAAAAGGGAAACGUUGGCAGCUAUGAUGUAGGUUUUAUUUUAUUUGUUUUUUUAUCUUAUAUUUUGGAAAUGUACAUCCAGUUUUGUUUUUUCUUUAAUUUUUUUUUGGGGGGGCCAAGAGAGUGGGGCCCUAAGCUAUAGCUUGUUUAGCUUCUACGGAAGAAGCAGGGAUAAAUUCGCCUUGCAGCUGUAAAAAACCCCCAAGGCUUGAGUUUGUUUUGCUUAUCACAGAAUGGUCGAGUUGGAAGGGACCACGAGGGUCUUAUAGUCCGACCCCCUUGCUAUGCAGGCCUAGGUGCCAACUUGUGGGGCUGAGGUCCCUUCGCCCACCCCACCUCCUACCGCAGUAAAAUAUUUGAGGGGGCUAACCCCCCCUCCCCACAAAGUUGAUCGGCAUUGCCAUUCAAAUAGUGUGUCAUGUGAUUGAUUACGCAGGGCAGCCCUGUCCCCGCCCCCAAUAUUUUAUUUAAGUUGGUAAUAAUUCAGAGUCACUUUCUCUUUCUUUCAUCCCCUUUUCCGUUACUGUCGUCUUUGAAAAGGCAAAUUAUAUAUUUAAUGUAUCUUAUUUUGUGCAAGAGCAGGUCUGCACGAAAGAAGAUGGUUGUUAAAAAAAGAAAUGUAGAUGUGCUUUCAGCAACAACUAACUGGUGGGAAAAGGGCAGGCUGCAUCCUUUCUUUUGGGCUGAUGUAAACAAAAUGAAAGUAGGGGUUUGUGGCAAUAGAUGGCACUCAGCCAAAUGUCACGUCUAAAAAACCUAGUGAUGUGAGGUGAGAAUAUUCUCCGGAGAGUAUUCUCGAGAAUGAGAAUUUUCUCGAGAAUAUUCUCUGCUAGAAAAUUGUCUGGAGAAUAUUCUCCACAAACUGUAAAUUCUAAUGUAAGAAGCAGUUUUACAACCCACAUUUUAAAAAAUCUAGUAAAUAAUAAGUCAAGCUGUGAUAUUGCCAGUGUAAGUAAUGAAUAAUGAUUUUUUUGAUCCAGUUACAUUACUGGGCAUUCUGUCAUUGACCAUUGGCAGUUCUGCAAUGUGAGCUAUAGAAAACUUUUUUUUUUUUUUUAGUUUUAAAAAUACUAUUUAUUUAAUUUGAUGAACAUUUGAAUUCAUAUGUAUUUCAACUAUACGUAAUAGCAUUUUUUCUAUUUUGGUGUGACCUUAUUCUUAGCAAUUCUAUACCCUUGGCCAUACAGUGUGAUUAUUAUUUUUUUACAGAAAGUAGCUUUAAUGCUUUGUAUACUUAAGUACCUAGGGACCUAUACAAUUAUGUGUAACAGCAUGUGAGGUGGCCUUGAUUUAAACAGUUGACAUUUCUGUAUUUUUAUUUAGUGCCAGUAACUGGUUUUUGCAGUGCCAUUCAAUGGUACAAGGUGCCAUUUACUAAAGACUGACAUAUUGAACUAUAUUAUAAAAAAUGAUAAUAUAUUUAAUGUUAGGUAAAGGUAAAGGGACCCCUGACCAUUAGGUCCAGUUGCGGACAUCUCUGGGGUUGUGGCGCUCAAAUGGCUUCAUUUUUAUAUGUAUGCAUAUAGUUUUGUUUAUCAAGCUGUGUUUUAGUCACCAAAACAGUUAUUAAGUGUUAGAGCUAUCAGAAGCACAAGAUAGCCUAUUAUUGAAUGUACUUGUAUUAAACCUUAACAUGCCAAUUGUAUUUUUUGACUUGUCCUAUAACAUGUACAUGUUCUAAUGGAAGAAUAAAAUAUCAUUUAACUACUGAGUUUCCUUAUACCAAACCUUAACAUGACAGUUACUGGUGGCCUCACCUUACAAUGCAUUAAAAUGAAUAUUCUCCUGUUUUAAAUGAAAAUUCUCUAAUCUCAUUAAUCGAGAAUAUUCUCCAAAAGAUUAUUCUCGAGAAUUUAACAUUACUAAAAAAAAAACAAACAAAAAACCAUCCACACAUUGUGCUUCCGCACAUCCACAGUCAGAGUAACAUGCAAUUUUAUAUUGGAUUUUCUUCCCUUAUCAAAUUAUCUAUGGAACAGGAAAAUUCAAAUUUUGUGCAAGGUGGAGUGUACGUUGCCACCUGGAUGAGGAGAAUAUAAUGCAGAUACCACUAAAAUAAAAUAUAGACAUAAGCAGCUUCAAGUCCUCAUUAUUAGUAAGCACUCAGUCUGAGCUCAGAGUAUGUGCAGAUUACUAAACUCACUGUUUUCAGAAGCAGAAUAAUUACACGAGUAAACAGCGUAUAUUUAUUCAACAUAAGAUCUACUGGUAUAUAGAGGCAGUUUGGUGUGUCAUCCUAUACACACACACACGUUAGUACCUUACUUGGAAAGCAAUGGAUUUCAGACUCCCUACCAUUGUUAAACCCUUUUCCACACUCAUUUGUUUAGUGAGGGACUUCAGCGCUUUGCCGAGAGUGUCUAGAGACAAGCCUGGGUUCAGACAACAUGCUAAACCAAACCAUGUCUUCACUUGUAGCAGUGCAGGAAUUUGGGAGGAGUGCAGUGUCCUUGAUUUCCUCUCUCAGAACACCCACAUAUUUGUGCUAAUAUGUUGUUUAGAUUAGCAUAAUAUGCAUCUGAAAUAGCAUCUCUGAUUAGUAGAUUGCAUUUUGCUAGAAAUUCUGAUCUUGGAGAAAUGUAAAAUAACAUUGCAUUUCUAGGUGUAUUGUGCUCAGUUUAAAACUUACAGGGGAAUACUGAGCUCUACUUGGUAAGACUCUUCUGUUCUAUUACAGGUUUGUACUGGACCACAAAAAUAUGUGAUUAGAACGAAUGUCAACAACCUUGUGAGUAGACCACACUUGCCUACUGAAGACCGGAUACUUUCUUAAUAAGUGAGUAUUUAAGAUAUUAUCUUUACUACUUGAUCACUUCAGUAUCUCAAUCUGUAAUUCUAGUUUGCAGCAAACAUGAGACUGAGCUCUGAAGGGGGGAAAGUUCAUCUUCAGCAGGGUGAGCCUGUAAGCAUCUAGAAAUGCUUGUUUUGCAAAGAUGUGAUGAAGCCAGAGUUGGGCUUCUUCAGAUUUUGGCUGGGAAUUAGGCCAGAAAGCCUGACUGGCUUUGAAUGAGUACCCCCAGUUGUGUAGCUCAUUAGAGUUCUUAACAGUGGGCUCAGUCAUACUGUAGUUUAAAGUGGAUAGUAAGCUUUCUGUACCUCCAUUAAUUCUCCGUUGCCAGCAUGACAUUCUCCUCUAAAACACUCCCUUCCCAGACUUCCUCCCCCCUCCAGAUGUUCUCAUACCUUCUACUUUUCAGAGUAUCCCUGGUAUGAGAAAAUCUGGAUUGAGGAAGCGGAAAGUGUGGGAAGGCAAUAAUUUGGAGGAGAAUGUCAUCUGGACAAUGGAGAAUCUGUGAAAGUACAGGAAGCUUACCAUCCACUUUAAAUGACAGCAUGGGUGAGCCCAACAUCACAGACUGGAAAUGAAAGCAGCUUUAUGUGCUUAGUUUUUGUUCUUCCAGAUAUAAUGGAAGCAGCUGCUACUCUAGAAGGCACUGGUGAUCUCUUACGAAUUCUGUCUAGUCCCUUUCUUGAAAACUGUUUUGUUUUCAAAGGAGGCUAAAUAGACCACAGACCAUUUCUAUAGAUGAAUAGCACUUACAGAAUAAAUAUGUUCAUUUGACAUUUAUUUAUUUCAUAAAAUUUAUACACUGCUUGAUUUGGGGGAAAUCCCUCAAACAAGUUUAUCACAAAUUAUGCAGUAAUAGCAUCCUUUAGAACUGUACUUUUCACGUCUUUCAUUUCAGGGUUUGUUUUCUGUAUUUGUAGUAAACCAUAACUAUCUAGAAGGGUUUGGAUAAACGCUUUUUGUAAUUUAUCAAGGUAUAAAAUGCAAAGCAACAUGAUGCUGGAAACACAGUCGGUUGGAACAAUUUCAACUACCAUCACUCUGUAUUAAAUUCAGGCUUUCCAUUGCCGAGCUGGUUUUAUUGUAUAGAGAAUUUAACUUUCAGCUGCUGCAGGACAUUGAUCUUCAGUCAGUGGGUCAGAACCUCCAAGGGGGUGGCAGCUGUUUUUUUUUUAAAAAAAAAAACAGCUUUGUAUAGAAGAAGAAAUUUCAGAAGGUGGAGUGUUUCUUAUCUCCCUGCCUGAUAAGCUGUGCCAACCAGAAUUCAAUCUGCCAUAUUGAAUAGGGAACCCUGACUGCCUUCUUUACACCUGGUUGGUCCUGAUAGAAAAGCAGGAACCUGGAUGUAUGUGGUUAAAAAGUUGAGAGUAGGCCCUAUUUUUCAGGUUGCAGUUAAGGGUCAUAGGCAGGAGUCUGCGAUUUUUGACUGGCCUUGCUCAGGAGCCUAUUUUCUCAGAAACAAGAAGCAGAAGGCUUCGGCUGCUGCUUGACUGUGUUUCUCUGAAUGCACCCCCCCUUAUCAUUUAGGAAAUACAGUGGUACUUCAGGUUAAGUACUUAAUUCGUUCCGGAGGUCUGUUCUUAACCUGAAACUGUUCUUAACCUGAAGCACCACUUUAGGUAAUGGGGCCUCCUGCCGCCGCUGCACCGCCGGAGCACGAUUUCUGUUCUCAUCCUGAAGCAAAGUUCUUAACCCAAGGUACGAUUUCUGGGUUAGCGGAGUCUGUAACCUGAAGCGUAUGUAAUCUGAAGCGUAUGUAACCCGAGGUACCAUUGUAGAGACAGGUGUGUGAGGGCUUCAGCCGCUGCUUGGUAGCAAGACUCACAGCUUCUCUGCUGGGCAACAGCUGUAGAGCUUGCCCACCUCACCUUGCCCCUCUCUCCUGUGAGAUAGAGAGGCAGAGCGCACUGAGUGGUGAUGCUCAUAACAAUGCCAUUGGGCAGCAGCCAAGAAGUCCCUAUAGCAGGAAAGGGUGGUGGACUUGCUGGCUUGACCCGGGGCGUGGGGAGCAUGGCCAGCUUUUCUCCCAGUCUUGGAGCUGGAAAUAGAAUUGCCACAAAGCUACCAGGUCAACUCCCACCCAUCUCUGCAGCUUCAAAGUUGGGAGGAAACUUGUUGUCACUCAACAUGGUCGCCAGAGGGCAGUGCCACACUGCUGUUGUUGAAGAUUAGAUCGGGGCAUCAUAGCUCUGUGGAAUAACUGCUAAAAUCCCAAUGCUUGUGAAACAGCUUUUUUAAAAAAGGGAAAAAAGAUUGUUGCUAUUGUAAACUUGAAAAGUAAGCAUAAAAGAACAAGGGGUGGGAAGACCCAAGUUAUAGAAUAUUAAAAAAACAAACACCAACUCUUCACUAUAUUUGCUUAGAAGAAAUAAGCCCAGUUAAUUUCAAAGGAACUUGGUUUCAUACAAGAGUGCUUUGGAUCAGAGUCUUUGUGUAAAAUCAGAAUGAUCCAAAUGUUUAUUCAGAAUUAUUGUGUAAAAUAUACUGGGAAUCUGUUUGGAAAAUACUGAGUCUUGAGUAUCCAAAAUCCAUAUUUUCCUUUCCAUAAUCCAAUUUUUAAGCCUCAAGAUAAAUAUUUAGAUAGUAGAACAACACAUUAAACAGAUUCAGUUGUUCACUUGACUCUUAUUCUGGUUGUUUAGUUACCUCUCACAUUUCCACAGCUUCAACCUGUAUUUUUCCACUUCGGGUUGUGCUUUACUGCUUUUCCUUUACUGACACCCAGUUCAGGAUACUUGGUGGCCAUGGAUGUGGUCCACCAAGCACUAUUGUUACAUAACUUCCAUGAAUUCCAACAGAUUUUUAUUUAUUUAUGAGAUUCCGUACCUGUCCUUUGUUAUAAGGUCCCAGGGUAGGUUACAACAACAGACUGUACAAUUGUAGAACUCCCUUUGAAAAGGAAUGGAGGUUACAUAGCAUACAUCUUUAAUGGUUUGCUUUUGUUUCUCUGUCUCUACAUUGGGCAUUUGAUGCACAUGAGUUGAAUGAAAUCUUUGUGUAAAUGAAAUGUACAGUAGAGAAGGUACCAUUUAAAGUUAGUCUGAGGGGGCUGAUGUAUUCAGGGAGGAUGGUAUUUUAAGCUAAAACACACCACCGCUGCUUAUGUGCUGAAGUUCAAAUGUAAAUAAGGAACGGAUAAAUGAGAAAUGAAAUCGCAUUAAGAGAGGUUUUAUUUAUAGCCCGUAUAAGAAUGUCUCAUCUGCAUCACUGUCUCUUAUCUGGAGACUGCAUAAUGUAUAUCCAUGUACCGUCCUUCAGUUGGAGAAAACUAGGCUUUUCAAAUUUAUAAUCAUUAGCAAUAUUUGUAUAUCACCCAGUCAUCAAUGAUCUCUGGGAAGUGAACGGUAAAAUAUUAAAACAUGAAGCAAAAACAGAAUAAAACUUACCACAAAAACUGAAAUAGGUAAAAUCAGCAAUACCCAAGCUAUUUAAUAUGGCAGAUUGAAAAGCAGCAACAAAUUUUAAAAUUAAAAUGCCUGGGAAAAUAAAAAGUUGCCAGAAGGGGCAUAAUAUGGGAGCUGGGCAAGCCUCUUUGCAGGGGAUCUUUCCUUCCCUCCUGAUCACCCUUUAUAUUCUGAAAUUAAGCUGCAGAGGUCAGGGAGAUCUCUUCUUAGUAAGGAUUUACCAACUGUCUGACAUUCAUCAUAGUGACCUGAACCAACCCUCAGAAGCGAGAGAGUUACUAAUCCUUGUAGGGGAGAAAAAGGAGUAAAAGUGUUCUCUGUUCAGAAUGAAAUAUGAAGCACUAUGGGUGAAAUUCAGUGUUGUACUAUUAUGAACGUUCUGUCUGCAUAAGCACUGCAGCUUGCCAGGGGGGUUCUCCCAAUUCCCCCCAAGAGCCAAUUUUGAGGGGAGUGGAGAUGGACCUUGUUGCAUAAGCAGAAAUCCUUAUUCAGAGCUUCUGCUGAGGUGACAUGUAAGUUGAAUCCUGCACUCUAUGUAUACAGUACAGUAGUUUGGAUCUGACUUCCAUGUGAUGGUUUUUCUCAUUCAGGAAAAUAAUUGCUUGCUUGAAGUGUUAGCAUUGUUUUCACCAGCAUAGUCUCACCAUUGGUUUCAUUUCAUUUCAUUUUCAACUACAGGCUUGCUGCAUUUCCCAGAAACAGACAUGUCCUAUGUGUUUGUAAACGAUUCUUCACAGACAAAUGUGCCUCUGCUGCAGGCUUGCAUUGAUGGAGAUUUUAACUAUUCCAAGAGGCUCUUGGAGAGUGGCUUUGACCCAAACAUUCGCGACAGCCGUGGCCGAACAGGCCUCCACCUAGCAGCGGCCAGAGGAAACGUAGACAUCUGUCAGUUGUUGCAUAAAUUUGGUGCUGAUCUGCUGGCCACUGAUUAUCAAGGUAACACAGCCCUUCACCUGUGUGGGCAUGUGGAUACCAUUCAAUUCCUCGUGUCCAACGGGCUCAAAAUAGAUAUUUGGUAAGUAUGCUGGAACCCUGUGUCUUGAUUUUUAAAAAAAAAAUAAUACUUGUUGCUUGAUAAUCUACCGUAAUAGGCAGAUUGGGCCACACAAAGGAACAUGCGAGGGAUUUCAGACAUGUCAGUUUAUUCUUCAGCCUUGCCGGAAUAGAAAUUCAGCAUAGUUCUGAGCUAAUGAGCUGCACAAAAAACAAAAGCUGUUUCAGAGCUGACACAGGAGAAACUGGAAAGGUCUUCAGGUCCAUUAUUAUAACUUAUAAUGGAUUUGCUUUUCCUCCCCAAUGAGACUGUAGCACGAAGAACUGUGAUUCUCCCACAUUAUGAGCAGUGUAGAUAUAUAACACAGAUAUAUAGCGGUGUUAGAUAUAUAAGCUAGGCACCAAAUGGCACCCUAAACCUAGAUUACAGUCGACACAACGGAAUGUCUGUUCACAAGGGGGUUAGACUAGAUGACCCUCUGGGUCCCUUCCAACACUACAAUUCUAUGAUCUCAACUACAUUGCUUGACUGUUGACUCUUACAACAAUUCACUUGUCCCAGUAUGCAAGAAGGAGAAACACAUGGUGGAAAUGGACAUGGGUAUUAACUAUGGACUAAGGCAGAAGUUUGUAAACUCUGGUUUGUGAGUUUCAUUUGGCUGGCCUGUGGAAAGGCUGCAGCUCAGUCAAAUAUAUGUGUACCCAGCCCUGCUCUUACUUUAUCUGAUGUGAUGAUGGAGGUCUAAGAUGCCCAGCAAGGGGUCCAUGAUUUGCAUGGCAGUGCAGAAACAUAGAACACGCAUCUUUUGCUGCGCAUGAGUCAACUGGCUUGAUGGAGAUGUCAUUUGCCAACCUGGCGCCCAGAGAUCUCCAUGUAGUCACAAUUGGACCACCGCCAGUAACAAAACGUGCCUGGCAUCUGGGGAAUUUUGAACGCUGGUUAUGAGGAUGGUUUCCUCAGUACCACUGCCUCUUCUCGAUGGUUGUUGCCACUGUCAUAAGCCCCUUCCAUGGAAGGUAAAAGGACCAUCUGUACUGCACAUUGUGGUGGUGGCACCAUGGAAGCAGUAUCAGGCAGAGAUUAUUUCCAGUGCCUUCCAUGCGAUACUGUCAGAUGAGCACUUGCGCACCUGACAAAGGAAUAAUGUCUAUGGUCAUAGGUGGUGUUGGUAUUCUGAUACAGAUCCUUAAUGUGGAGAUGAAAGACGGAGUCAUCUCAAAAUAACUGGCCUCAUUUCACGACUUGCUGGUUUCAGUGUAAAGAAAAAUGUGUUCCCCAGUUCUUUUUCAUUGCUGUGGAUAACAUUGUUUUCCAGCAUUCACCUUACCUGCUCCCAGAGCUUGUGAGUCAGUCUUUUCUCUGAAAUACUGCAUAUUUGCUCUGCCAGGCUCCCAGCAUCUGUCAAUGCCAGUGCCCGGACAGAAACGCUUAAUGUACUGAAUAAAUAAACACAUUUAACAAUUGUCCCAGAAUGGUUUCUUGUUUGAACUAUCUGCUCACAUAUCCUUAUUGUCGGAAAACUGCAGCCAGGCUUAAGUCUGUUGUUUUUAUCUUUUUGAGCUAUAUUUUGACAUUUUAUCUUGUAUUUGGCUAAGAGAUCUAGAGACAGCACAGUCUUAGUAAGUUCACCUGUACUUUGCAUGAAUUCAACAAAAAUCAUCAUAAUUAACUUUGGGAUAGAUCCUCUGAUAAUGCAACAGGAAGCUCUGAAAAAGAAUUGGUGCCAGAUAUGGUACUGACGUGAGGGACGCGGGUGGCGCUGUGGGUUAAACCACAGAGCCUAGGACUUGCCAAUCAGAAGGUUGGCGGUUCAAAUCCCCGUGACAGGGUGAGCUCCCAUUGCUCGGUCCCUGCUCCUGCCAACCUAGCAGUUCAAAAGCACAUCCAAGUGCAAGUAGAUAAAUAGGUACCGCUCCGGCAGGAAGGUAUACGGCGUUUCCGUGCACUGCUCUGGUUCGCCAGAAGCGGCUUAGUCAUGCUGGCCACAUGACCCGGAGCUGUACGCCGGCUCCCUCGGCCAGUAAAGCGAGAUGAGCGCCACAACCCCAGAGUCAGUCACAACUGGACAACAAAAAUGCAAGAGGAAAGAUAAUGGGCAGAGAAAAAUGUGAUCAAACGCAAUUAUGCAGACUUAAAAUAAAAUAAAAUAAACCUGGAUCUUGCAAUCCCAAACAAUCUCUUAACAGUUGUUUAGGAAAAGUUGCUUUCAUUUCCCCUUUUCUCCAUCCAUUGUCAGUAUUAAAUUCAAAAGAGUUUUUAAUGAAUAAUAAAAUUAAGGAGCUAUUUAUCUUGUCUACAUUGGUGCUCGUUUAGAAAAAAAACUCAAGUAGUAAUAAAAACACUGCAAUAAUGGGCUACUUGAAGGCCGCUUGAAAUGCUUUACCCUUGCAUGCUUACGCCUCCAAAAAUUGCUUUCAUAUGGCAGUUAUAACAUUGGGAAAUGGCUUUCCACCUGUUUCACCUGUCUCAAUUGGAGAGAUAGUGUUGAUGCUGCAUCUUCCAGAUGACUGCCAUGCUGCGCCUUUGUGUUAUUGGAUGGAAUCGCAUGGCAAAUGGUUCUGAAAUAUUACACAUCUCCCUCAUAAUGCAAGGACUGUCCCUAAAAAUUGUGAUAAAGAAGUCAUAGAAUUGUAGCAUUGGAAGAGAUCCCGGGGGUCACCUAGUCAAACCUCUUGCAAUGCAAGAAUCUCAACACCCGGUCCCUCAUCUAAUUUGAAACCAUACUUAGCUUUGCAAAUGUGGCAACAGUUUUAUUGCAUCUGUCCAUGUUUCAAGUAGAAACAGUUCUGUGAGCUCUUUCUCUCUAUGCUUAAUAUAGCAAUCACCAAGGUGCUACGCCUCUUGUUCUGGCAAAACGAAGAGGUGUAAAUAAAGAUGUGAUCCGGUUGCUAGAAUCUUUGGAGGAGCAAGAAGUGAAAGGAUUCAACAGAGGAACUCACUCGAAGCUGGAAACAAUGCAGACUGCUGAGAGUGAAAGGUAUUGCAAAAAAAUCAAAUCAGUAUUGCUUACUGGUUCAACAUAGCUGAAUGAGUUCUCAUGUUUGGAGCUUGUUCUGCGUAUUCAAGAAGGUCAGGGCUUAUUGUCAGCGUUUCCAUAGAACCUUUACUCUGUGUUUGGGCUUUGGUUUCCAAGUUGAUCUUUCAGGUUCUUCGAAAGCUGGACUGCCUGUGUCUUAUGUGACUCAUGAACUUUGGUAGUCAGCCAAAAUCACAUAUGGUUAGUUCUCAAUGAGCCUGUACCAUCUCGGAUCGCCAGAGGAGGCUCACGUGAUCUGACUUCUCCUCCAUACCAAAAAGCGAAAACCCUAGAUGUAGAAAACUAGAUGUCAGGGAGAAAGGUUCUAGCUCAACUUUCUCCCUGACAUGUUGGAAAACGGGCAGAUAGUGAUUUUUGUACGGAGGAGCAUUCAGUCAUGCCCAAACCAGCCAAACCAGCCCAAACUAGGCUGUAGUGAGUGGCUUCAGCAGUAGAAAGUCUCUGAGGGUCGUUUUGUGUUCUGUGUGACAGACCUGCUUUUCAGUGUGUCCAUUGUGUGUCUUUCAAUGAACGCUGUGUUACUGGAAAGGGAGAAAUACACAGGAAGCCUCAGGCACUUGCUGCAGGUUGCAGUUGUCUGACUGGUGCUACACACUUUCCGUAGCCUUUCUGUGGUAGGCAAGGGAGCAAGGGAGCUCUCACUUCCACCAUCCCUGCUGUUUUAUGCAGAUAGGCCCCUUCCCAGCUGCCGGGGCGGGGGGCAAGUUGAAAAUACUAUCUGCCUUGGAAAUGUAUGUGCUUCAUAUUUACAGUGAAGCAGCUGGAAUAUUGAUAUAAUCAGGUUUUCAUCCUGAAAAUUAUUUUCAAGUAGAAACUAGGCUAGACUUUUUAAUGCCCGUCCUCCAAUCCUUAUCAGCACAUUGGGAAAGGGGAACAAGAUCUUUAUUCCUUAAACAUUUUAUGGGUUUUUUCAAGAUCCUCUUACGCAUUAAGUAAAUCAAAACGGUGGUUUUCUUUGCCCGUUCUAUAGGAGAUGCAGCCCACCUCUUCCAUUUAAGAGGUACCUUGAAUUCUAAUCGAGCUUUCGUUUGCAAAUCAGCAUUGUGCAUCUAAUGCACUUAAACGUAAUCCAUUGCUUCCUUAUCCCCUAUUUCCCCCCCAUGAAAUAACUUGGCAAAGAAAAGUGUCUUAUUGAGCUGCAAAUAUCUAAACAAUGUGCUGCCCAGUGUCCCUAGAAUUGCUCUACAGUCUUUUAAGUACCAUCUUUUUAUACAGGACUUUUCAUGGCAACAAUAGGUAUACUUAGGGCUCAAAGGUGCAUUUACAUUUGUACCCUUUGUGGCUGAAUAGGAAAAUAUAAACAGAAGACUGCAAUUAGGGUUUGAUUCUUUGCCUUAUCUCCUUCCUGCUUUCUUAUUUCACCAAAUUAAUUGUUCCUCUUUCUCGUUCUGUUAGCAGUUGAAGCUUGGAUUCCCAACUACUCUCACCCUUUUCCUCUAGUGUGGAGUAUGAUUGGAGGCAUUUUAACUCUGAGGAUGUGUUCUCCUUGUGUACUUAGCCUUAGCCAGACCCGUAACUAACGGCCAACCACUGUGUUGGUAGCAACAUCUAACAAAAAUGCAGCCUGCUUUUCUUAGCAGCAGAAACAACAUCUGGGAUUCACGUCACUUCCCAAGUCCUUCCAAAAUAGCUGGUAUUCCAGCACUUCCUACCAUUUUAGUGCCGAGAGUUUAAUUUGGUGGUAAUGGAAAAUAACACAGGUGGUUUCUCGGUGAGCCUUUUUCUGUUUUCAAAGAAAGAGGCCUAGUUUGUUUUCAGUAGCCAUGUGAUCUUUCCACUUAAAAUACAUCAUACCUUUAUUUAACCUCUAUAGUGGUUAUAGAUUAACAGGUUGAGUCUUAAUUAGUAAGCAUUCCUGUUGUGUGUUAGAGGAGUUGAUAACAAGGGUGAAAUGGCUUGGAUUCUGCAGUAGCAAACACACCAAGGUUCUUUCCAGGGAAGUAAAUGUUUAAAAACAAAAGUAGGGAAUUAUAUUACAAAUAGCAGGUGCUUUCUGUCUGUUUCUCCUCUGAGAUCCUGUGCAUGUGUUCUGCCAUGGAGCAGUCGUGUAGACUGCAUAGUGGCAGGAGCAGGCCUAGUCCCCUCACUCCAUGAUCCUUUACCAAUGUUUUAGAAGUGUCUGUGUGCAUUUAAGUUUCUAACCUUUUUCCUUUCAGAAGUCUAAAGAAAAACCCACACUCUACCCAGUUACUUGGCAAGCAGUUUAUGUACUCCCACCUUCUGGCCAGUGGAUAGCCAAAUAUUCUCAUUCAACUUUCUUUAAAAUUCAGGAGGUGUAAUUAGUACCUUUUUUGUGUAUCUUUUAUGGCUGAUUGCAACCACUAUUCCUCCUCCCCUGCUGUUCCUUGGGACCAUCUUUAGUGGUGAUCCCAGCCAAUCAGAAAUCAGGUCACUGAAUGUGAUGAGGUUGCAGUGCCCUCUCAAACUCCUCCCCCCGCCCCCAUCCACUUGAGAUGGCCAAAGAUUACUGGGGCCCACUCUUCACAAAAUGGUGGCACAUGGAGGCAGAGUUUGUCAUACUCGGCUGGCAAUUAUUCAUAAUGAUUUUACUGCCAUCUAAUCUAUCUUUGGAAAUUUCUUUGCCACAUCAUUUUCCUUGUGACAAGGAGUUCCAUAACUCAGCUUUCCUCAAACUAAGUACAGGCAUUUGCUGUGCAGGCAUUGUGACUCAGACUCCCCAUUUUAGGCAGAAUGUGUAGACCUAGAGCAUCUAAGUGCAGAAAGCUUUUUCUUUUAUAUGUUUUCCUUCCCACACCAUCACAUGCUUCGUUGCCCAUCUCUUGAAAUAUCUACUCCCAUUCUCCUUUCACUCUCCACUUGUACAUUAUUCCCACCCCCAGUUUUUUUCAUCCCUCCUCAUUGGUCCUGUUACAUUCACUUCUUUCUCUUGCAAUGAUGUCCCUCAGUUUAAUUGCUGAGAGUCUCUUUACACAACCAGUGUUUACGACAUUUGGUACAGGGCUGCAUCUGUGAAGGGAAUAUCAAACAUGUUUCCAUUUAACAUGCAGCAGGUCUGUGUCAGAGACCAAGGCUCCUUGUGCAGUGUAUUGUGUAAUAGCAUAUAUUUUGUAAAAACGGUUAUGUACUUUUGGUUAAACCAUAAACAGAAUUCACUUGGUGUGGGUUUUUUGGUGGGAAAUACCACUGUAACACUCUUGUAGUUUUGGCAAACGCAGCCAACCAAAGUGUGAAGCAGCCUGGUCAUUUUAAUCUGGGCUUUCCACAUCCAAAACCCAAUCUUAGCUCAGUAAGCCGUUGGCAUGUUGCUUGCACAGUUAAGUCAAUAUUAAUGUUCUGUGGUUUGGAGUUUUCGCUUGGUGCAUUAACCUUAAUUCACCUGUGCUCCUUUUAUAGCGCAAUGGAAAGCCACUCGCUUCUCAACCCCAACCUGCAGCAAGGUGAGGGAGUCCUCUCCAGCUUCCGAACCACCUGGCAAGAAUUUGUGGAGGACCUUGGCGUCUGGAGGGUGCUGCUCUUGUUGGUGGUCAUUGCUUUGCUCUCUCUGGGGAUUGCAUACUAUGUUAGUGGAGUUCUUCCUUUUGUAGAAAACCAGCCCGAACUCCUGCAUUAG